AUGAGUUCAGGUAAUUUCACCUAUACCAAAAAUGGAAAUUUAAGAAAGCCUGAACAUAAUGUCAUUUGUAAAUGGAUUUUGGAGGUUUGGGAUGAAAUUCCGAAUGAAAUGAUUGUGAAAUCAUUUAAAAAGUGUGGCAUUAGUAAUGCAAUUGAUGGAUCGGAAGAUCAUUUGUUUGGACAAGCUUAUGGGGAUGAAAAUGAAGAUGAGGAAGAUGAAUGGUAG